AUGGCUGAGGAUAAAAAUUCUAGCGCACACCAUGAAUCGAUUGAUGACGUGAAAUCAGUACCACCCUCCAAUGAUAAGUAUGAUGAUAAUUCUGGUGGUUUAGACAUCGAAAAUCUUCCAGAAAACUUCAUUGCCUCUAAAGAAAAAGGUUUCGGAGCACGAAACAAAGCCGUUGUAAGGAGAAAAGUGGAUGGUAAAUUCACAUUAAAAAACCUAAUGUGCAGCAGGGAAGGUGUACGGCAGCUAAAGUACUUGGAAAAACCAACUAGGAAGCGCCCGUCAAGACUGGAAACUAGAUGUGGGUGCCAAGCUGUAAUCAAGUUCAGGUGGAAUCCAAGUGAUGACUCUUGGUUCGUGAGAGACUUUGUUGGGCUCCAUGAUCAUGAGCUUCCAGUAAGCCAUAGAAGACUUUCAGAUGCUGACAAGCUCCGUAUCAAGGCAUUGAUCAAUUCUGGGGUUUCUCCUUCCGUGACAAUGAGGAAUCUGGUUCAACAAGCGGGUGGUCCUUACAAACUACCUUUCUUUAAAAAGGACUUUUACAAUUCUUGUCAAAGAAUUCAGAAGGAAGAUAUUCCAGAUGGGGACACGGAGGCCUUGUUUGCAUACCUGCUUGGGAAACAGGAUAUAGACCCUGGGUUUUUCUUGAAAUUUACACGAGACGAAGAUAAUGCUCUGGAUAAACUGUUUUGGUGUGAUGGGAUGUCCCGUAAUGAUUACAGGGCAUUUGGCAAUGUCAUUGCCUUUGACACCACAUACAAAGUAAAUGCGUACCACAAAAAUCACCAUAGGCAAAGUGUUGUUUUUGCUGUUUCUCUAGUUAGCCCUGAAAAGGAGGAGACAUUCAAAUGGAUAUUGGAGCAGUUGACUUAA